AUGAGAGCACGUUCCGUGGAGUGGACGCCCCCUGGUGCAACUUCUUGCAUCAUCCCUUCAGUUCUAGCCUACCCCAACGGCGAGGAUCAGCAGUCAACAUAUGGAGAGGAGGCGCUACACCAAACUCCACGAUACGCCUGGACUAAAAUGCUCGUGGAGGGGGUACCCGAGGUUCGAGUUGCAGAACUGGACUUGAAUGCUCUUUUCGGCGGUGAAGAGGCUUUCAAUUAUGAAAACCGCCCUGCGACGGUGAGAUUAAUCUCACACUUCCUGUCGAAUAUCCGAAACGCCUUUCGCAACGACCCAGGAAUCCUGCGUGAACUAGGAACCGGAAACCUACCACACAUCGACUGGCACUUUUCCUUGCCGGCUUCUUGGGGCGCAGAGGGCCUGGCUAUUAUGGAGGCCGCCAUCAACCAGGCCGGUUUCCGACAGAACGAAGGUCGGAUCUACUUUGCGACCGAAGGGCUGGCUGCGGCCAUUGCUGUGGCAAACCGACUGAGGAAUAAGUCGAUGGCACAACCAGGAGACCGCGUGUUGGUCUGCGACUUGGGUGGUCUAACGAAUGACUUUACUGCAUUGGAUGUUGUUGCGGUGCAUCCGACCGAACCUCAUCGUCUAUUUUUCCAGAGAUAUGACGAGGACAGUAAAGCGGAUUGUGCUAACCCCAGAAUCGACCAAUCGUUGUUAAGGCAUCUUCGGAGGACCCUAGGACGGCCCUUAGGAUCGGGAAGGGUCAUGCAUGUCGGGUUGAACGCGGCCAUCGCAGCCAAACACGCCUUUGACGGCCAAAGCGAGGCCAGUGUCGACCUCAGCUUUGACUCAUGGUAUCUCCCCCGGCACUUUCGAGGUCAACAACGCGACGCCUUUGACCAGCAAGGGCGCAGAUUCAUCUUCUCUCAGGAUGCCCUCCAGCAGAGCAUGGGUCCUGUUGUGACCCAGAUCCAGGACCGAGUGGCAGCCCUCAUCGAUAACUGGAAUCCCAGCAAGAUUGCCAUAAUUGGUGGGUUGAGUCGGUCCGGUUAUCUGCAAGGAAGGCUGAGUACCAUGCUUGCUACCAGGUAUCCCACAAUCUACCAGGUACCUAUGGAUUCCUUUCGCGGCAAUGAUGCGUGCAGCAUCACCGCUGUCGCCCCCGGCCUAGCCAUCAAGGGGGGGACCAUCACCCAUCCCAUGCAGUAUCUGGGGAAACAUACCUAUGAGCUUGUCACCCCCUUCGUCGAGGAGCUAGGAACGGAGCUUGCUCCUCAUCACGGAUUGCAUCGUCGUAUAGCCUUUACUGAGGUGCAGGCACGAGACGGUGUACCUCCAAGGGGCGAAAUAAGUACCGUUUACAGCAUACAGCAAGGUGAGCAUGUGCGUGACCUCGAAAUCCGGCGGUAUGAUAGUACCGGAGUCUCUGAAAGCGUUGGCUUCGCGGCACUCUAUUUUCCAGAGAACACGCACACUUGGACAUCUGCAGAUGGGACUAUCAAGCACUACCGCCUUCGCGCAUUCUGGCGUCUUGACGUUGUGUUACAUGCUAAAUUGGUUUGGACCUUCGAGGUGCAGGACCGUCAGGAUCAACGGGUGGCAGAGGUAGGGACGAUAACACAUGUUGUCAGAGACCUCAUCCCCCGCUGGGCAUCAUGA